UCUCAGGAGGAUACAUUCUGCUACAGGCAUUUUAGGAACACAUGCUCACAGCACAGUCAGUAUGAGGGAGGAGACCACUGCAGCAGGAACAGACCCCCUACCUCACCUUCAGGUCCGGCAGUUUUCGAGAUAUCGACGCCCUUCCAACUCCAGAUUGUCCGGCCAUCCGAACAGCAGCUCAAAAUGUGGGAAUUUUUUUCCCAUUGAAAAUGAAUGUUGGCAGGCUGCCAGACAUGAUGUCACAAUGGCCCCCUCUCUCACACAACACCUACAAUCCACGCACGGAGCUCAAUGUCUCACCUGCUCCCAGCCUGUCUCUCUGCAUUAACACCACACAUGAUGGAUUUUUUUAAGGUGGAACUUCUUAUAAGUGCUUUCCCCUAACGGCCGCUUCAACCUGUCUUACUCACCAGACAAGAACUUAAAUGAGCCACCACGAGAGGGAUUCCGACCGGAAUUGAAGCACAGUUCCUCUUUUUUACUUGAAGAAGGAAGAAAAAUGCUGAGGAGUCUGUGAAAGCAGUUGGCCUUUUCCAGCUGUUCCGUUAUGCUACCUGUCUGGAGGUUUUCCUGAUGCUGAUUGGUCUUCUGUGCGCUGCUCUUCAUGGCAUAGCCCUGCCCCUCAUGUGUGUCGUGUUUGGCCAGAUGACUGACAGCUUUGUACUAAGUGGACAGCAGUUCAAUCUCACAGGUAACAUCACAGGAAACUCCCCUGUUAACUCCACCCUGAAUCCUUCAGACUGCAUCACCAUUCCUGGAUUUGACAUUGAAAAAGCCAUGACAGAGCAUGCAUAUUACUUUGUUGGACUUGGGGCUGCAGUGUUGCUCCUUGGGACAUUCCAGGUCAUGCUGUUCUUACUGACAGCCACCAGACAGACCAAACGGAUCCGAGAGCAGUAUUUCCUCGCCAUCCUCCACCAGCAGAUGGCGUGGUUCGACACACAUCCCAUCGGAGAACUCAACACUCGACUCACAGAUGACAUUAACACCAUCAACGAUGGCCUGGGAGACAAGAUCUGUGUCUUUGUCCAGUUCUUUUGUACGUUUGUUGCCGGUUUCAUCAUUGGAUUUGUCUAUGGUUGGAAGCUAACGCUGGUCAUUUUGGCAGUCAGUCCACUGCUGGCAGGUUCAGCUGCAGUGUGGUCUAAAAUUCUUGCCAGUCUCACCAGUAAGGAGCUCUCAGCCUAUGCCAAAGCUGGAGCUGUGGCUGAGGAGAUACUUGUGGCCAUCAGGACAGUGGUGGCUUUCAAUGGUCAAAAGAAAGCUGUACAGCAAUAUGAGGACAAUUUGGUAUAUGCAAUGAACUUUGGAGUGAAGAAAGCUGUUACCACAAAUGUGUCUAUGGGCUUAACACAGUUCUUCAUAUUUGGUGCGUAUGCCCUGGCUUUUUGGUACGGCACAAAGCUCUCUGUGGAUGAACCGGAGAACUACACCAUUGGAAAAGUCAUCACUGUCUUCUUCUCAGUGAUGAUUGGAGCAUUCUCUUUGGGUCAGGGGGCUCCCAAUCUGGAGAGUGUCGCUAAGGCCCGCGGUGCUGCAUAUGCAAUCUACAACACCAUCGAUAUGCCCCGUCCCAUUGACAGCAGUUCAAAGGAGGGCUACAAACCAGACAACAUAAAAGGCAACAUUGAAUUCAAGAACAUUUACUUUAGCUACCCCUCCAGAAAGAAUGUGAAGAUCCUUCAGGGGAUGAGCCUGAAGGUGCCACAUGGGAAGACAAUUGCUCUGGUAGGGGCUAGCGGCUGUGGGAAGAGCACCACUAUUCAGCUGCUGCAGAGGUUUUAUGAUCCAGAUGCUGGGGAGGUGACCCUGGAUGGUCGAGAUAUCCGAUCCCUGAAUGUGCGAUGGCUGAGGGAAAAUAUGGGUAUCGUGAGCCAGGAGCCCGUGCUCUUUGGAACAACUAUUGCUGAGAACAUCCGCUAUGGCCGUGAGGAUGCCACUGAAGAAGAUAUUGAACAGGCCGUGAGAGAGGCUAAUGCCUACGAGUUCAUCUCCAAACUACCGGAUAAACUGAACACCAUGGUGGGAGAACGGGGGGCUCAGCUGAGUGGUGGGCAGAAGCAGAGGAUUGCUAUAGCUCGUGCUCUGAUCAAGAACCCCAAAAUCCUCCUGCUGGAUGAAGCCACAUCAGCCCUGGACACACAGAGUGAAUCUGUCGUUCAGGCUGCUUUAGAUAAGGCGAGAGCAGGUCGCACUACCAUAGUGAUUGCCCACCGGCUGUCCACCAUCCGCUCUGCUGAUGUGAUUGCUGGUUUCAAAGAUGGUCAAGUGGUGGAGCAGGGCACUCACAGAGAACUUAUGAACAAGAAAGGAGUCUACUACUCUCUCGUCAUGCAGCAGAUGUCUGGGAGAUUAGAAGAUGCUGAAGAUGAAUGUCAAGGAAAUGUUUCUGAAGGAGAGAUAUGUGAGCAAACAACUGACACAGAUUCAGACAAUUGUGAUGAUCUGACAGUUGUAACAACAGAACAUGCUGCCUUUUCAAGAAACUCAUUAAGACGCAGCAUUUCUCUUCAAAGAAGAUCCUCAAAAAACUCAAAGAGGAAAAAAUCAGAAAGUGUUAAAAAGGACAAAAAGGAAGAGGAAAAAGCUCCAGGCAUCCCUUUCAGGAAGAUCCUGGCCUUGAACAAGCCUGAGUGGCCGUACCUGCUGGUGGGCACACUGGCCAGCUUUCUGGGAGGAGCUGUCUACCCCUGCGUGGCCAUCCUCUUUGCCAAAAUCAUUGGUGUAUUUGCUGAAUCGGACCCAGGUGUGAAACGACAGAAGACUCUGAUGUUCUCUCUUCUGUUCCUUCUCAUUGGAGCUGUGGCUUUUCUCACCUUCUUCUUUCAGGGCUACAUGUUUGGUAAGUCUGGGGAAAUUCUGACCAUGAGGUUGAGGAGUCAAGCUUUCAAAGCCAUUUUGAGACAGGAAAUUGGCUGGUUUGACGACCACAACAAUGCAGUAGGAGUCUUGACCACUAAACUAGCGACAGAUGCAUCACUGGUUAAAGGGGCAGCUGGAUCUAGACUGGGCUUGACCACCAAUGCUGUGUGUGCGCUGAUCAUUGCUAUGAUUAUAGCCUUCAUUCACUGCUGGCAGCUCACUCUUCUCAUCCUGGCUUGCAUGCCUGUCCUUUCUGGGGCCAAUUUCAUCCAGAUGAGAGCCACGGCAGGUCACACUUCCAAAGACCAGAGUGCACUCGAGAUGUCAGGCAAGAUCUCCACUGAAACUGUUGAGAACUUCAAGACUGUUGUUGCAUUAACGAAAGAAGAUGUGUUCUUCAGGAAGUUCAGCGAAAGCCUCAGCAGACCAUAUCGGUCUGCCUUAUGCAAAGCACCUCUCUAUGGAAUUACCUUCGCAAUCGCCCAAGCAACCCCUUACUUGGUCAACAGCGCAAUCUUCCGCUUCGGCUCUUGGCUGAUCGCCCACUGCUACACUGAAUACGAGAACGUUUUUUUGGUGUUUUCUGUAAUCGUCUUUGCUGCCAUGAACAUUGGUCAGUCCUCAUCAUUCGCCCCAGAUUUCGCCAAAGCCAAAGCAGCAGCUGGGAGGAUCUUAAACUUGCUAGAGAAAAUGCCUGAGAUUGACAUCUACAACGAGGGAGGAGACAAACUGACACGCUUUAAGGGAGACAUAGAAUUCCAUGAUGUGCACUUCUCCUACCCAACACGUCCGAACAUGAAGAUUCUGCAGGGCCUAAACUUGUCCGUGGCCCAAGGACAGACCCUGGCUCUGGUGGGAAGCAGCGGGUGUGGGAAAAGCACCUCCAUCCAGCUGCUGGAACUCUUCUACAACCCUGCUAGUGGCCAAGUGUUUGCAGAUGGGACAGACACUCGGACGCUCAAUCUUGCGUGGCUGCGCUCUCAGCUGGGCCUGGUCUCUCAGGAGCCCAUUCUGUUUGACUGUACCAUUGCUGAGAACAUCCAGUAUGGAGACAACAGUCGUGUGGUCAGUCAGGAAGAGAUUGUGGAGGCUGCUAAAAAUGCCAAUAUCCAUGACUUUGUACUCAGCCUGCCAGAGAAAUAUAACACACGUGUGGGAGAUAAAGGCACUCAGUUGUCUGGAGGGCAGAAACAGAGGAUAGCCAUCGCUCGAGCUCUGGUCCGCAAACCCAGAGUGCUGUUGCUGGAUGAAGCCACUUCAGCUCUGGACACGGAGAGUGAGAAGGUUGUGCAGAAAGCUCUGGACGACGCCCGCCAGGGACGAACCUGCAUCGUCAUCGCCCAUCGCUUGACCACCAUCCAGAAUGCUGACAUCAUUGCGGUCAUUCAGAACGGCCAGGUGGCCGAGCAGGGCACGCACAGCGAGCUAAUGGCCAAACAGGGGGCAUAUUAUGCCCUGGUCAACGCACAGAUCGCUCACUAACUGUUACCUUAUUAGCCUAAACUUGUCGACUGUCCAGUUGUACAGUGAAGGUCAUUUUAUAUGCCUGUAUUUUCCCAAUCCAAGUCUUGGACUACCACUGGAAUUUUGAGCUUCUCAUUGUUUUAGCAGACAACAUGAGAUCAUAUCUACAUCCUGCGUUACUUUGCUGGCCAUCCACAUCUGAAAUAGCUCAGUUAGUAAGUAAGUAAGUAAGUAAAACUUUAUUUAUAUAGCACUUUUCCAGAGUGACUCACAAAGUGCUUUACAAAAUACUUACGAAUAAAAUACAAGACAAUUAAGAUCAUUAUGAUCAUUUACUCAAAUAAGUAAUACACACAGUUUAAAUACUCAAAUGCACACCGACUUAUAAAGCACAUCAAUCAAAAGCUGUUAAAAACAAGAGAAUAAAAAUUAGUCUUUAAACAAAUCAAGAACCUUAGUUGAUUCAGAGAGUCUGACAUCAGUAGGAAGAUUAUUCCACAAUUUUGGGGCAUAAACUGCGAAAGCCCGGUCCCCCUGUGAUUUUUAGUUAGUACGUGGAACAGUUAGUAACCCCCGAUUUGAAGACCUUAAAGUUCUCGCGCUAUGAAGAGGACGUAGGAGCUCAGUGAUCUAUGCUGGAGCCUCGUUAUGAACAGCCUGAUAAGCAUUCAAAUUUUAAAAUCAAUUCUAUAGCUUACAGGCAGCCAGUGUAGAGAAGCCAAUACUGGUGUAAUAUGUUCCCUGCGCUUUGUCCCAGUGAGAAAACGAGCAGCUGCAUUUUGAACAAGCUGUAGACGAUCCACCUCUCUGACUCAGACAAGUAAAUAAGGCACUGCAGUGAUCCAAACGGGUGGAGACAAAAGCAUGAAUCAUUUUUUCAAUGAAGGAAACUUUUAACUUUACUAAUAUUUCUAAGUUGAAAAAAGCAGGAUUGAAGAAGCUUCUGUUAGAACAUAUGUAUAUAAAUACCACACAGUCCUUUAAUGAGAUUCACUGAUUAAAAGCUUUCAUAAAAUUCUCAA